CCUAAAUCACUGCUUGACAAAAUGCGGCACCAAGCUUUUACACCAAUCUUUCUGAUCUUUCUGGUUAUUUGCACAAUAUCUAUAGCUUCAGGCUUUCCUCUUCGCAAGCGUCUUCCGCGUCCGUUCGUCGAUCUACCUCACUUACGGCACGAACAGCGCCUACAGGAGAACGGCGAACUGAAGCAGUGGCUUCAAAAUCAGCAACCCAUCAUGACCCCUAAUAUUGCUAUGCCGCCUGAAAGGGGCGCUGGUGGGGGAAGCAGGCAGCCUCAGGAUUCCGGCAGUGAUGGCCUUGUGAUAUCCGAUGUUCUUCCUAAAAACCGUGGCAUCAAUAUCUUUGCUUCUCUUACAAGGGAUUUUGAGCCCAUCGAUUCUCGUUUCAAUGAUGCAACAAAGAAUGUAACCGUCCUUGCCCCCCGCAACAGUGCAAUCCAGGGACUUCCGCGUAAGCCUUGGGAGAAUCCGGAGGACUAUGUACAGUUCGGAGAGGCGAAGGCCUAUGAGGGACAGGAAGGGCAGGACCGAGCAAAAAGCAACUUGAAGCGCUUUGUAGAGGCCCACAUAGUACCCAGAAGCCCUUGGAAUGAAGGGGAUGAAGUAGAGACUCUUGGGGGGGACAAAUUGAGCUGGACAAAAGAUGGAGAUAAGAUCCUUAUUCAACCGGGAAAUGUUGAGGUUGACAGUAUUGCAGAACAAGUUUCAAAUGGUGAAGUAUGGAUUUUGAACAGCGUGAUCAAUUACCGUUGAAUCCGCUUUUACAACUCGUAUGUGACGAUGUGACGAAUAGAUAUACAGAAAUGCUCUAACCAAUCGUUGUCGUACUUUGAGCCAAGAAACGACGUACAGCUGCCUUUAUAAUAAAAUGUAUAUCGCGGUAACGUUAUCUGGAAAGUCAUUCCAUAACUACUCACAUUAAGCAGUAGAGCCUAAAGCGGAUAUCCAGAAAGGCCCGUAAGAUACAUCAGUUACCUCAUGCAUCAAUUCUGUAUAUCACUGUUCUUUGAAUCCACCCGUAAUUUAUAAAAGAUAAGACAAGAGGGCCUGUACUAAUAUAGCAAAUCAAAUGAGGCCCUCCUUUGAAGCAAUAUUGUGCAGUAUUCUGUCCUCAAUGCCAUCCAAAAUGCAAAAAUGUUCCAUGACUGCCAAAUUCUCUGCUUCACUUUGAUACAAUUUAUCGGGAUCUUGGCCAGGCUGGAAGGGAUUGACCCCCAUGGCAGGGUUCAUAGUAGCCAUUUGUUGGGACAUGUGAUUCGCAGCUACAUAAAGGUUAGCACAAAGACGAGUACUAGGAAAACAAAAUACAAUGACUAACCGUUGUCGCUACCCAGAAUGAAU